AUGGCGGCCGGCGGGGUAGACGACCGGGGGUGUGGGCGCGGGCUGGGUUCCGGCGGCUUGGCCCUGCUCGGGCUGGUGCCCGGCGCGCCCCUCUGCCCGCACGGUCCUGCUCUUCUGUUUGUAAAGACCAACCAAGGAGGAGAGGAAGGAAGAAGGUUUUAUGCUUGUUCAGCCUGUAGGGAUAGAAAAGAUUGUAACUUUUUCCAGUGGGAAGAUGAGAAGGUGUCAGAAACUAGGCUUGCAGCACGUGAAGAAUACAAUAGAAAUCACCAGCCUUCUUUUACACACAGACAGAAUGUGGAAAGGUUCAAGGAUUUUGUUCUGUUGCCGUUAUCAAAGAGGAGGUUUUGCCAGGAAUGCCAGCAAUUGCUAUUGCCAGCUGAAUGGGAAAAACACGCAGCUCACCAGUUCCUGUGUGAUAUCUCCACUGCCCAGUUAAAAAGCCCCAGUCAACUUCUGUAUCCUCUUGAGAAUAAAAAAACAAAUGCCCAGUACUUAUUUGCAGACAGAAGUUGUCAGUUCCUACUGGAUCUUAUUACUGAUUUAGGAUUCAGACGAGUGCUCUCUGUUGGAACACCCAGGCUUCAUGAAAUGAUCCAGUCAAAAGCAUCACGAGAAGAAGAUUUCAGGGUUAGAAGCCUUCUGCUAGAUAUUGAUUUCAGGUAUUCACAAUUUUACACAGAAGAUGAAUUCUGCCACUACAACAUGUUUAAUCACUAUUUUUUUGGUGGAGAGGCUGCAUGUGAAACUUGUAGGAAAUUCUUGUAUCAAGACAAUGGUGAAAGAGUCAUUAUGGUGACUGAUCCCCCAUUUGGAGGGUUAGUGGAAGCACUGGCUUCUAGUUUUAAAAAACUAAUGGCAAUGUGGAAGGAGACAGAAAAAGGAGGUCAUAACAACCAAGAGAUGCCUAUCUUCUGGAUAUUUCCAUACUUCUUUGAGUCUCGUAUUCUGGAGUUCUUCCCAAGCUUUAGUAUGAUGGAUUACCAGGUAGACUAUGAUAAUCAUGCACUUUAUAAACAUGGCAAGACAGGUCGUAGACAGUCUCCGGUCCGUAUAUUCACAAACCUCACCCCAAGUAUGAUUGUACUUCCUGUGGAAGAAGGUUAUAGGUUUUGCACUAUAUGUCAGCGCUAUGUUAGUUCUGGUAACCAGCACUGUGAGAUAUGCAAUUCAUGUACAUCAAAGGAUGGUAGACGAUGGAAACAUUGUGUUCUUUGCAAAAAAUGUGUAAAACCCUCUUGGUUUCACUGCAACAAUUGCAACUGCUGUGCUCUUCAAAGCCACACUUGCGAGAAGACUGAUGCUGGUUGUUUUGUUUGUGGCAAGGCAGGUCACAAACGCAGUACCUGUCCCAGUCUUUCCCGCACCAGAAGAGCUUGCCAAGCUGACAAAAAAGCAAAGGCAGAGAACUCUGAAGAGGGUAAAUACGCUGUGAAGCAUGCCAUGUUCUCCAGGAAAAAAGUAAAAAAAAAAAAAAAAAAAAAAAAGAAGCCUGACUUUGCUUGCUGAUACAUAGUUAUUUUUUAUUAUGGCCAGCCGUUGAUUCCUGUUUCUGAUGAUGUUAAUAUUAACAUCCAAA